AUGGGGAAACUGCAGAGUAAAAUCAGCUUCAGCACCUCCAAAUAUAGGGCCGAUAGCUCCGUGGAAGGGACAGGACCUGUUCAAGCCAUUCAGCAACACGGCCCCACGCACACUGAUGCCGUCACUUCUGUGGCUGCUCUCAAACCAGACCUCUGUGUGUCAGGAGGAAGGGAUAAGAGUGUGGCUGUUUGCUGCUGGAGAUCCGGGGCUGUGCUGCGGCGGUUCAUCGGGCACAAGCGGGAGGUCACCAAGGUCACCUCUGCCCUUGACUCAAACAGAGUCUUCAGUGCAUCCCGGGACAAGACGGUGAUGAUGUGGGAGCUUCAUGGGACUUCAGGGCCAAGCCAGCACUUCCCAGGACAUGACCUGGUUGUUACUGGACUGGCUGUGAGCCCAGAUGGCUCCCAGCUGUGCACGGGUUCACGAGACAACACCGUGUGCAAGUGGGACACAGAGACCGGAGAGUGUCUGGGCAGAACUGCUAUCUCCAGGAAUCUGGUCACACAUCUGUGCUGGGUUCCUGGGGAGCCUUACGUCAUCCAGACCUCAGAGGAUAAAACAAUCAGGAUCUGGGACAGCCGGGAGCUGCAGGUGGCACACACGUUUCCAGCCAAGCGGCACAUUCAGACGUGCUGUGACGUGAGCCAGGACGGGCGGUACUGCCUCAGCAGCAGCAGCGGCUCCGCUGGGGAGGGGGGCGAGGCGACCCUGUGGGACCUACGGCAGACAAGGAACCAAGUGUGCGAGUACAAAGGGCAUUUCCAGACCACGACCUCGUGCGUUUUCCUUCCAUGGGACCCAGCUCUCACCCCCAGGAUUGCCACAUCCUCCUAUGACAGCACAGUGAAGGUCUGGGACCAAGAAACUAGAGCCUGCCUGGCCACCUUGUGCCUCGACGGAUCGGGACCGCUGGCCUCGCUGGCCGCCUGCGACAGCUCCACGCUGCUUUGUGCCAGUUUUAACUCAGGAAUUCACGUACUCCAGCUGAGUGACUGUGCAGACCUGGCGCUGGCAGAGGUGGCAGUGUUUUGACCACAGUAACCUUUCCAGCAGAGACUGCCCUGCGAGGGGAUGGGAUUCACCGAGAGCCUCCCCUGACUGCAAGCACCAGAAGACCUUGCACCUGUGGAGCCGUGAUGUGUGAUCAGUGGGGCAGGGGGAUGUAUUGGUUUCAGUUUGGGGGUUGGUGCAGGAAGGCACUAGACCUGUCUAGAAGAAAAGCCAAAUCAUGGAUGCAUUCAGGCCCAGUUCUCACACCUGAGCAAGCCUCAUGCAUUUAAUUUACAAGACCUCCAUGCAGGCU